UCAGGCGAGCACACGUGCCCUAUAGCAAAAACCUCUCCAAAGAAGUAAAAAAAAAAAAAAAGAAAAAGAAAGAAAGAAAGAUGGAAGCCACGAGUCAGAAAGGAAGGAGCAGACUUUAGGAGAGUCACUCAGCCCUUGGGAAUUACUCACCUCUGUGCUUCGUGCAUUUCCUGUGGGUCAGCAGAGAAGCCGACCACUCUGUGGCAAUGGGAGAUGAGAGGGGCAUGACACGGAUGCUACUGGAAUGCAGUCUCAGUGACAAGUUGUGUGUUGUACGGGAGCAGCAGUAUGAAGUGAUCAUUGUCCCAACUCUCCUGGUUGGCAUCUUCCUCAUCCUUCUUGGGGUCAUCUUGUGGCUUUUCAUCAGAGGACAAAGAGGUCAAGACCGGCGUCCUGCAGUCCGAGGCACAGCCCCCACGCCUCCAUCGAGGGCCCUCAGUGGGGAAGGAGCAGGACAUGGAGAAAACGUGUGUGUGCCACUGAAGGAGACAUCGGUGGAAAGCUUUCUGCGAGCCACCACACCUGACUUGGCUAAGCUGCAGGUGCCCCGGGAACAAAUCUCUGAAGAUCUGGAGAAGAUCCACAAUGGGAGUUGUGGGGCCAUCUAUCGAGCCAAACUGAAUACUGGGGACCCUGCUAAGUCCAAGAGUGUUGUCCUCAAAACGUUAAAAGAACCAGCUGGGCUCCAGGAGGUGCAGGAUUUCUUAGGGCGGAUCCAGUUCUAUCAGCAUCUGGGGAAACAUAGGAACCUGGUACAGCUGGAAGGCUGCUGCACAGAAAGGCUGCCCCUCUACAUGGUACUGGAGGAUGUGGCUCAGGGAGACCUGCUCAGCUUCCUCUGGACCUGUCGCCGGGAUGUGAUGACAAUGGAUGGUCUUCUCUAUGAUCUCACAGAAAAACAAGUAUAUCAUAUUGGAAAGCAGGUCCUUUUAGCUUUGGAAUUCUUGCAGGAAAAGCAUUUGUUCCAUGGGGAUGUGGCAGCCAGGAAUAUUGUGAUCCAGAGUGACCUCACUGCCAAGCUCUGUGGACUGGGCCUAGCAUAUGAAAUCCACGCCCGAGGGGCCAUAUCCCCUACCCGAGCUGUACCUCUCAAGUGGCUCGCCCCAGAACGGCUUCUCCUGAGACCUGCUGGCAUCAAAGGAGAUGUCUGGUCUUUUGGGAUCCUGCUCUAUGAGAUGGUGACUCUAGGAGCACCACCGUACCCUGAAGUCCCACCUACCAGCAUCCUACAGCAUCUUCAGAGAGGAAAAACCAUGAAGAGACCCAGUAGCUGCACACAAACCAUGUAUAGUAUUAUGAAGUCCUGCUGGCGCUGGAAUGAGGACAAUCGCCCCUCACCUAGAGAGCUAUACUUGCGCCUUGAAGCUGCAGCUAAAACCGCAGAUGACAAAGCUGUGUUGCAAGUACCAGAGCUGGUGGUGCCUGAACUGUAUGCAGCUGUGGCCGGCAUCACUGUGGAGAGCCUGUCUUACAACUACAGUGUCCUUUGAAGACAUCCAGGCAAAAGCCACUUUCUGGUGAUUAUAUGCUCUUAGAACUACUUCCUCCAAGAACAGAGGACAUAAAAGGAGAAAUGGGACAUGGAUCCUCGAUCUUGCUCUACACAUUUCUUUAGAUACCUGAAACGAUGCGGGGUGAGGCUCUACAUAUCAUAUGCCCUCGAGCUGGGAAAUGCUGUCAGUCUCAUUUCUGCUGUUCCAGUCCUAAAAUCUCUGGGUAGGACUGGUGCACAGAGUCACUGAGGAGGGUUAGAAAGCUGCAAUGUUUCUUGGGGAAUGGCACAAUUAAGCUGGUCCCUCUCACCUCAGGUCCGUUUCCUUCUGAGCCAUGUUUUAUCUAGACAAUGACAAAGUCCAGAGGAAUUUGGAAUGAAAUGAGGAAACAAAAAUACAAUAAAUCAGUGGAGAAAGAAAAUUGAAGGUUCUAUUUGCUCAGUGUGGACCAAGACCUUUUUCAAAGAGAAGGUGGAAGGACAUGAAAUUCUUUAGUCCUGGUCCCUUCAUGUAGGUUUGGAGGAGAACUAUAAAGAUGAUGUCUAAUUUUCCCCUUGGGAUAGGAGGAAAAUGGCCCUCUUUUAUCUAAUUUUGAGAUAGGUGAACCCUGUUUGGUACUGCUUUUAGUUAGAAGCAGGAGGAGGCAUUUCAUACUUAAGAACAUUCAACAUGUUUUGUUCAUCAGAUUCACUUCCUUGUUCCUGUAAGACUAAGGAGACUAAGCCUAGAGAGUAAAAGCUUAGAAGUAAAAAUGUGUGUAUAUGUCUAAUAAAUAGUAAAUGUGGAAACCAAGCAAGAAAGCUUAGUAGUUUAAAUGGUCUUUAAUGAAGGCUAGGAAAGAAUGUAUUCUGAUAUAGAGGGAUUAUAGCUUCCAAUUCCCCAUCAUCCAUUGAUGUACUGUGAAACUUAUAUCAUUAAAUUAAUAUUUAUUGAGUGGAAGUAGUUUCUUCUGGUAUUUAACAGCCAAAAUCUCUACAAUAUGGAAGAUAAAAGGAAAUGAAGGACGUUAAUGCCAAUGCAAAAAUUCAAGAGAAAACCUACAUUGUCAGAAAAAUUUUUUAUGUGUAAAAGAGAUAAUACCUACCUCACAAGGUUGUUGUGAGGAUUGUAUGUGUUAUUUGUUAUUGUUAUGAGGAUAUGUAUUUGCAAAGUAUCUGGCACAUAAUACGUGCUCAAUAAAUGUUA